GCAGUGUGCAGCGCCGCUGAGACAGACAACGAGCAGAACCGAACCUGCGCAGCAACAAGACUCUUCUAGAGAAUGACGUCCAUUUGUCCAAGAUGCGACGAGACUGUGUUUUUCGCUGAGAAAGUGAGCUCUUUGGGGAAAAACUGGCACCGUUUCUGUCUGAAAUGUGAACGAUGUAGUAAGAUUCUGUCUCCUGGAAGCCAUGCGGAGCAUGAUGGAUUGCCUUACUGUCAUAAGCCCUGCUAUGGAACCCUCUUUGGACCAAAAGGUGUAAAUAUUGGAGGGGCAGGAUCUUACAUAUAUGACACACCUCCUCAAACGCCGGUCAACAAAUCAUGUAACAGCCCUUCAGACGGAUCGCCCACCACACCUUGGACCAACUCACAGAUCAGCUAUAAUCAACGUAAAGCUUCCACUGCACCUACACGAAUGUUUGCCGGAGAGACUUGUCUGUGUCCUGGCUGUGGAAAGGCCGUUUAUUUCGCUGAGAAGGUGAUGUCACUGGGUCGCGACUGGCACAGGCCUUGUCUUCGCUGUGUUAGGUGCAAGAAAACACUGACCCCUGGUGGCCACGCAGAGCAUGAGGGCAGCCCAUACUGCCAUGUGCCCUGCUACGGGUACCUUUUUGGACCGAAAGGUGUGAAUAUUGGAAAGGUGGGCUGUUACAUUUAUGAGAAAGAAAACGCAGAGAAUGAAAUGCCAAGUGAACAUUAAAUCACAAAGGAAAAGCUCUUUUUUUAAUUUUUACAAAAAUAUUUUUUACAAGUUAAUAAAAUUGUAAGGUAUAAAGAUUUUUUUUUUCACAUAGAUAUAUGCAGAUGUCGUCGCAUAAUGCAUGUAUUCUGAUAACCAAAGAUGGCCAUUGGCAUCUUAAAAAAAAGAAAGUCACACAUCGGCAUUUCUCUAAUUUUUUCUGUUUCUCUCUUUCACAAGCACAAACUCAGAUAUGUAUUUAUUCAUUCAUGGCUCCAUUUUAAAUAUCUGUAAUUAUUACAUGGCACUGGAGAAAGUUGUAAAUCCUUGUGUUACUAAUAAAACAUACUUUAAAAGAA